GAGUGUCGCGUGGCGGACGAGAAGAGAAGAAGGGAUGCUGGCUUCUCUGUGACAGGUGCUCCACCAGCACGGCUGUUGGGGAGGACGUCGCUGAACUUUCACCUCUCCCGUUAACGAGCACGGGCCAGCACAGAGGAGCGCUCCGGCGGAGGAGAAGAGGAGCGAGGGAGGGAGGAAGGAGAAGAGGAGGAAGGGAGGACCGAGGAACGGCAAAACAUCAGAACCCUCUCCUUUUUUUUGUUUUUUCUUCCUGUUUUUUCUCUCCGUCUGGUGGAGCAGGGGUGAGCUGAGUGUUGGAUGGUGUGUCGGCAACAUGGAUAUGAACCUGCAGUCUCAGCGCUUCUACUUCCCCCAGAUACACUGCACCGACGCCGGCCAGCCCAUCGCUGAGUUCAAAGUCAGUGAGCAGAGUAUCUGCCAGGCGCGAGCCUCUGUCAUGGUGUACGAUGACACCAGUAAGAAGUGGGUGCCCAUCAAGCCAGGCCAGCAGGGCUUCAGCAGAAUCAACAUCUACCACAACACUGCCAACAACACCUUCCGGGUCGUGGGGGUCAAGCUGCAGGAUCAGCAGGUGGUCAUCAACUACUCCAUAGUGAAGGGUCUGAAGUAUAACCAGGCCACGCCCACCUUCCACCUGCGUGACGCGCGCCAGGUCUACGGCCUCAACUUCGCCAGCAAGGAGGAGGCCACCACCUUCUCCAACGCCAUGCUCUUCGCCCUCAACGUGCUCAGCACCCAGGACGGAGGCCCAGCAGUCCAGCGCCAAGUCCAAAAUGGCCCAACCACAGACGAGAUGGAGGUUCAGAGAGCCAGGCAGAUGAUGGAACAGCAGCAGCAGAUGCAGGCACACCUGGAGAGAGAGCGACGAUCAUCUAACUCAGGGUCUCCUUUCCCAGGCCACCCCGCCGUGCUCUCUGUGGCUCCUCCGGCCCCGAUGCCUCCCCCCAUGUCCAUGGGAGGCGGCCCCCCUCCCCCUCCUCCUCCUCCGGGCCCGCCUCCCCCCGCGGCAGGGGCUCCUCCUCCCCCGCUGCCCCCACCGCUCCCCAUGGGAGGAGGGAUGGACGAACCCCCAGCCCAGACGGGACUCGCCGCCAUGAUCGCCGGUGCCAAACUGCGCCGCGUGCAAAGAUCUGAAGACAACUCAUCAGGGUCAGGCGCCAAAAAUGAUGCCAACCGAACAAGUGGAGGGAGUGGAGGGCUGAUGGAGGAGAUGAACGCCCUGCUGGCACGAAGGAAAGCAGCAUCAGAGAAGCCCGAGGAUAGCCUAAAUGAUGACCCCAACUCCCCUUCACCUAUCACCAGGGGAGGACAGAACGCCACAGAUGGAGUGAAGAAGCCAUGGGAUCGGGCCAACUCUGCGGAGAGGUCAUCGCUGGUAUCAAGGGUACGGCCAGUGGGAAGCAACAGUGACACAGACGCCUUAGACUUCGACAGAAUGAAACAGGAAAUCUUGGAAGAAGUUGUACGCGAAUUGCACAAGGUGAAGGAUGAGAUCAUUGAUGCCAUUAGACAUGAACUCAGUAGAAUCAGCACUACAUAGUGUUUCUGAUCCCUCAUGUGACCCAACUGUCAGAACCAUGGUCUCCAUAGCAACCGCUGUGGUUCAGAAGAGGAAGAAAAGGCCCAAACUAUAAACAUCUAUUUAUUCUACUUUGCUGUGAUACUGAAGCAACAUGGUAACGUUGCUAUGAUAUGACAGAGACGUCUCUUAAACCUCCUCUUAGAGGAAGAGUUGGACGGAGGACACUUUCGCACUGAUUUCUCUGUUGUCAUUCUUUGUCUCUCUUUAUUCUCUGUCCAUUGUUUGCCCAGUUUUCUUGUUCAGUUUUUCAAUCUUGAAGAAAAUGGAAGACAUUCAAAUAAUAUCGCUUUUUUCAAGUUUGAUUUGGUUUUUCCACUUUGGUCUGUGUUAUAAAUUAUUGUCAUUAUUAUUGCUAUCAUUUUUAUUAUUGUAGAUGUUGAAGUGUGAAUAUAAGUAGUAGUAGUUUUAGUGAUGACAAUAGUAAUGAUAAUGAAAUAAUAAUGAUGAUAUUAAUGAUAAUGAUAAUAAUAUAAUUAUCAUUGCACAUCACUUUAUGUCAGCCUUUUGUAUUUUAUAUUGGAAUUAUUAUUUAAUUUUUUGUUUGUUUCUUUGUUUAAGAUACCAUUUUAAGCACAUGCAUUUAUUUCUCGUUAUCUGACCUCCAAAUUUUUUAAAGAGUUUUGUAUCCUUUUCGCCAACACAGUAGUUUGUGUAAUCACUGACAAAGAUUUUUAAAGACAGGCCUUUUCCCGAGGGUGGAAAAUUAUUGCUCUUUGGAUAUUGCAAUCUUAUGAACAAAAACAUUAAUACACCAGAGUAUUUGUGAUGUUGUUAAUAAAAUGUUUAUUGGCUGCAAGGAUAUGGUGAAGUAUUGUUCGUUUUAUUAUUUCCUUUUAUGACCAAGUGCUUCCUGGUUUGGAAAAAAAAAGUUACACACUAAGUUAAAAAUGAAUUUAAAUAAAACUGUGAACAAUG